CCUGAACUGUCAUGGCACCCUUCGACCUUGACGCCUGCAUUCAACAGCUCCUGCGGAAACAGCUCCUGCAUGAGGCUUUACUGCGCGAGAUAUGCGAGAAAACAAAAGAGGUCCUCAUGCGGGAAUCUAACGUUGUACAUGUCAGCGCGCCAGUCACGGUGGUCGGUGACAUACAUGGACAGUUUUACGACCUCAUUGAGAUUUUCCGGAUAGGAGGAUAUGCACCCAAUACAAAUUACCUCUUCCUGGGGGAUUAUGUCGACCGAGGCCUCUUUAGCGUGGAAACAAUAUCGCUCUUGACAUGCCUGAAACUGCGAUAUCCAGAUCGUGUCCAGUUGAUCAGGGGAAACCAUGAAUCUCGAGCAGUCACUCAGACAUAUGGCUUCUACACGGAAUGCGUCCGGAAGUACGGAUCUUCGCAUGUGUGGACGUACUUCACGGAUAUGUUUGACUUCCUCACACUAUCUGUCGUGAUUGACGACAAGAUCUUUUGUGUGCACGGUGGCCUCUCACCAUCCAUACAUUCAGUAGAUCAAAUUAAGGUCGUUGAUAGAUUCCGAGAGAUACCACACGAAGGCCCGAUGGCUGACCUGGUGUGGUCUGACCCUGAUGCGGAGAAAGAAGACUUCGCAAUAUCACCUAGGGGUGCGGGCUACACGUUCGGCUCCGGGGUUGUAUACAAGUUCCUGGAAACCAACAGCAUGUCGCACAUUCUUCGCGCGCAUCAGCUAUGUAUGGAAGGUUUCUCCUCGCUGUUUGAUAACCACCUCUCGACUGUAUGGUCGGCACCGAAUUAUUGCUACCGUUGCGGGAACUCGGCUAGCAUCCUUGAGGUGCGCCCAGAUGGGGAACGGUUUUUUAACGUUUUUCAGGCCGCCCCUGAAAAUGAGCGGGACGGCCCGACCCACCAGGCCCAGCAGAGUGUGGGAGGCAAGCUGCCUGAAUAUUUCUUAUGA